AUGACAGGUGAAGAAGAAUUUAACAUUGCUGCAAAUAUAAUGAUACCAGUAGAAAAUCCUGAGAGUUCUCAAAAUAUGGCCAACAUCCAAAAUGAUGAGAAGAUGGCUCACAUGGCACAAGAGCUUGAGAUUUUGAGAGAGGAACUACGUCAAGUGCGAGACUUGGCCAAGCUUUCGGCUACUACCUUCCCAACUUUCAAGAUGCCCAGCCACUUCCCUAGAGCUGACCUACCUCCUGCAGAUUCUCCAAACAUGCCUAAACGUGUUCCUAUCCCGCCUGUAUAUGCUGCUGAGGCCCCUACUUUCACGACACCGGCUAGGGUCAAAGUCCCGUAUGAGGUUGACCAAUAUACAGAAAUGGAGAAGGAUGCUCGAUUGAUAGAAGAUAAGUCAAUAGAUGCUCAAAUUCGAGAUAUUGACAUGCCGGUAGGAUACAAGCCCCCAAAGUUUGACGUAUUUGAUGGAAAGAGCGAUCCUCACGCACAUUCGAGGGCAUACUAUGACAAGUUAGUCGGUGUAUGGAGAAAUGAGAAACUAAGAAUGAAGUUGUUCAUUCGAAGUCUAUCUGGAGAAGCGUUGACUUGGUAUACAUGCCAGGAUCCUCGCAAAUGGUAUAACUGGCAGGAAAUGGCUGAGGAUUUCAUGAAUUGCUUCAGAUUUAAUACUGAAAUCACUGCAGACAGGUUCUCAUUAGCCAACAUACAAAAGAAACCAUUGGAGGACUUCCAGGAGUAUGCACGAUGUUGGAGAACCGAGGCUGCAAGGGUUCAACCACCGCUCGAUGAGAGUGAGCUCUCAAAAUACUUUAUUCGAGCCCAAGAAGGUAUCUACUUUGACAAGAUGAUGUUAAUGAUGGGCCAAAAGUUUGCAGAAUUGGUCAAGAUGGGGGAUUUUAUAGAAGAAGGCAUCAAAUCGGGUAAAAUUCAGUCCAUGGCCGCAUUGCAAGCUGCAAGUAAGGACAUACAAUCAGGCUCCAUUGGUGGCAUCAAGAAGAAAAAAGAGGAUGUUUCAGUCAUCAAUUACCAACAUGGAGGACAAUCCCACCAAUACCCCAACAAUCCCUAA